AAAAAAUUCAUUUGCUCUGAUAAGAUAAUUUAUCAAUCACAGGAAAUGCGUUACUGAUUAAAUAUAGAAGUUGCAUUGCUUUAUUACACUUUCCAGUACUUUUUGUAACAUCUCCUUAUUCCUGAACUCCGAAAUUCCAAAAUGUCUAGACUCCAGAUAAUUAGAGGAGUUCCUUUUCCAAGUUUCGGCCCUUUUAAGAAGGAAAACAUAGAGAAGACCUUGGAUUAUCCUCCAAGAGAUGGUGACAUCAUUAUAGCAUCAUAUCCAAAGACCGGAACAACUUGGCUCCAGUACACCCUACUACAAAUAGUUUCAAAAGGUGAGUCCUAUCCAUCCUUCCAAGAUGUUCUCGAGAAAAUAUCACCUUUCAUGGAAGUGACUGGACCGGAGGCCAUCGACAACCUGACAGGCUUGAGAAUGUACAAGCACCAUUAUAGAUACGACAUGGUGAAAAAGAAUCCAAAAGCCAAAGUCCUAUACAUUUAUAGAAAUCCUGCGGAUACUCUUAUUAGUUUUUACCACUUCAUUCAAGGAGUGUGGGAGAAAAAAAUAGACUUUGAUGAGAUUUUCGAAGGAUUUAUUACAGGAAAUAUAGAAUAUGGAAGAUAUUUUGAGCAUGUCAUGUCCUUCCUGGAUCACAAAAAUGAUGACAACCUGUUGCUGAUAUCGUAUGAGAAACUUCACGCUAAUCCCAAAGAGGGUAUCCUAAGAAUAGCUAAAUUCCUUGGUGAAGAAUACUAUCAAAGCCUUUCCACAGAUGAAUCGCUUUUGGAAAAAAUUGUAGAACGCACCAGUUUCGAUUACAUGAAAAAGAACAUCGAUGUCGAUCUUCCUCAUAGAAAGAAAAAUGAAAACGCUUCUGAGGGAUCUGAAAAAGAAUUUACUUUCUUCAGAAAGGGCGUUGUUGGAGAUGGAAAAAAAUCUUUAUCGCCAGAUCAACUGAGGCGUCUUCGGGAAGUUGCAACGGAAGUUAUGAAAGAUUCAGAAGUACUUCAAGAUUGGUUUGAGGACUAGAUUCUUAUCGCAAAUGAAUUAUUAUUUAAAGCAAUCUGAAAAGAUUUCAUAUUUUUCUGUAUUUGAUUGACCUAUCUGUAUUUAAUUAACUGACCUAUCUGUAAUUCUGUGAAUACAUAUAUAAUUUACCUUUCCAUUAAAGAAUAAAAUAAAUGAAUGCUGUG